GUUUUGGACCAAACUAUAACAUGGGUUAUGGUCCUCAACAUGAAGCUAUGGAUGGCUGCAUUUCAAGAACAAGCAGCUGCCAGAUGGAACCAGUGGAUACAAUGGAAGGAUUGUUGAAGAAUGGUACUGAAGAAGACAGACCCAUUUCCUUGAAGAACAAGAGAAAACAAGAGGUUAAGACAAGGGAAGAGGAAAAGACAGAGAAGAAGAUCAAAGUAGAGGCUGAUACAGAGUCAAGCAUGAAAGGAAAAUCAAACAUGAGAAACAGAGAAGCAUCUUCAGAGACUUCAAAGGAGACAUUGAAGGGAGUUUCAGAAAUUCCGAAAUUAGAUUAUAUACACGUGAGAGCUCGACGAGGGCAAGCCACUGACAGACACAGCUUGGCAGAAAGGGCAAGAAGAGAAAAAAUCAGUAAGAAGAUGAAAUAUCUGCAAGAUAUUGUGCCUGGAUGCAACAAGGUCACUGGAAAAGCUGGUAUGCUUGAUGAGAUCAUCAAUUAUGUUCAAUGUCUUCAGAGACAAGUCGAGUUCUUGUCGAUGAAACUCGCUGUCUUGAACCCAGAACUCGAGCUUGCCGUGGAAGACGUAUCUGUUAAGCAGUUUCAGGCUUACUUCACAAAUGUUGUUGGUUCAUCAAAGCACUCCAUAAUGGUUGAUGUGCCAUUGUUUCCGUUAGACCAGCAAGGCUCUCUAGAUUUAUCUGCAAUAAACCCGAACCAAACGACAUCUAUUGAAGCUCCAUCUGCAAGCUGGGAAUCUCAGUCACAGAGUCUCUACAACACAUCUAGCCUUGGGUUUCAGUAUUAGGAAAUAUUCUUUGGGAGAAAAAAAAGUCCAGCUAUCACAUUAUCUUUGUUUUCUGAUAUUUAAACCAGAAGAACUGGAGAUAUAGCAAUCCAAUGGUCUUGUUACCAUCAA